UCCCUGACGUCACUUCCGGCGCGGGGGAAGAUGGCGGCUCCGCGGUGGAACCUGGGCCCGACCCGGGAACCGCUCGGGCUGAUCCGGCCCCUGCAGGGGUUCUUUUCCAUCUUCGCCUUCGCCACGGUCGGGGGGUUCCGCGGCUCCGUCGGGUUCCGCCUGAGCUGCGCCGGGAGCCCCAACGCCUCCAGCAGCGCCCCCUUCGCCUACCCCUUCCGGAUGAACCUGGCCACCUUCACGCCCUCGUUGACCACCAUGUGCAACCAGACGUGGCCCAUGGACGUCCACCUGGUCGGGGACUUCUCGUCCUCGGCGCAGUUCUUCGUGGUGGUGGCCGUCUUCUCCUUCCUCUACAGCCUGGGGGCCCUGGCGCUCUACCUGGGCUACCUGCACCUGUACCGGGGCGCCGGGGGGAGGCUCCCGCUGGCCGACUUCUUGGCCACCGCGGCCUUCUCCUUCCUGUGGCUGGUGGCCUCGUCGGCCUGGGCCAAGGCGCUGACGGACAUCAAGGCCUCGGUGGCGGCUCCUCUGCCCCACUGCCACCCCCCGGCUGUGACGUGCCACCGCGACGGGGCCACCCCCAUGGGCGCCCUCAACGUCUCCGUGGUCUUUGGCUUCCUCAACCUCAUCCUUUGGCUCGGCAGCUCCUGGUUCGUCUUCAAGGAGACCAAGUUCCACCAACCGCCGGCCCCCCCGGCCCCCGGCCCCAUGUAACCUCCAUCGCACGUCCCACCGCCCCCCCGGUGGUGGCCACCUCCUGCCUCCGGCUCCUUUAGGUCAAUGGGGGCCCUUUGGAGCUGCUUUUGGGUGGUGGGUGAAGCUUCUGCUCCUCCCAUGGGAGGAGAUAGAGGAAGGUCCAUGUGGUCCUCGUGGGGCAGGGGGGUGGAGGGGACCCAUGGGGGGGUGAGGAUCAGGCCAUGGGUGAGGUGAGGACGUGGGUUCUGGGUUCAACCACAUCUCAGGUGGGUUCUUCUGCGCCAGGAGGUGGCUUCUCCAGGGCUUCGCUCGAGCAGCCACGGCCCCAGCUUGGCCCCGAUUGGUCCUUUCCCGUGUGGUCUCGCUCAGGAUUGGGCGGCUUGAGCUUCGGCCUCAUCCUCAUUGGGUGGCGUGGAGCUCAACGGAGAUCACAUGGGCUUGGGGACCACCAAUGGGGCGGGAGCAAGAAGGGCUCGGCCAAUCAGGUGGAGACCUGGAGGUGACCAUUGGUGGCCUCUGAUUGGCCGCUGGCAGCGGUGGGGAUGGGAGACGUGGCGGCCAUCUUGGUCCCCCCCCAUCUCCUCCACCAUCACACUCCUCCUGCCCUUCUCCCCCCCCUUGGGCGGCCAUAUUUGAGGUGACCAUCACUUGCUGGAGCCCCUUGAGGUCAUCUCCAACCACGCCCUUGAUGCCCCCUUGGGGCCACCUCCAGGGGGGUCCCCGGCCCCCAUCUCCCCCCUUUGUGGUGUCUCCUUCAAUAAAGACUUUAGUGGAGAAGCCCA